CGCUGUGCUCUUUUAGUUUCUUUUCACUACAGACGAAGAAGAAUCACACAGCGGCCACAUGUGAUGUUCAGAGAGGCUAAAAACAUGGUGGAAAGGAGUGAUAUCCGCGUGGUUCGCUGUGGCGGCAGUAAAAUUAACAUUAGACCUCCGAUCAUCUCAAAUGACUCCAGGUUUGUAUUGUGCGUGUCUGGAGAUUCAGUGAAGGUCUACAGCACACGGACAGAAGAGUGGGUCCAUAGUCUGCAGGGCCACACCAACCAAGUCACAGGCAUCGCCUUCAAUCCUGCCAAUCACCUGCAGGUUUACUCUUGCUCAGCAGAUGGCACUGUUAAACUAUGGGACUUCAUUGACGGCAUCCUCAUCAAGACAUUUAUCAUUGGAUCCCCGUUGUUUGCUCUAUACGUGUCCAAGGAACAUGAGGGAGUCAUUUUCCUUCAUCUUUCCAUGGGGACAGUUUACAAAAAGGAGUCUUUCCAGUUGGUUUCCACACACCUGCCCAAGUCAGCAGAUCAGGAGGUGGAGGCCAAAGAGCUGUCUGCUGUUUCCAGUCAUAUCAGCCCUAACCCCAGCUGCACGGCAAUCGGUCGAGGGGGGGAAUACAUAGCAUUUGCCAAGAACCUCCAACUUGAUGUUUUUUUCUUCAGGAAGCAGAAGACAUACAGUUUUUAUCUAAAAGCCACAGAUAAGAAAGGAGCCAAAAAUGCAUUCACAUGCAUAGCCUGUAACCCUACGGACGACUGCAUCGCCACCGGUCAUGAAGAUGGAAAGAUUCGACUCUGGAGAAACUUCAAUCACAAAAAGGAGUACACGUAUUCCACCCUGCACUGGCAUCACAAUGCUGUAAACACUUUGUGUUUUACUCCUGAAGGCACUAUUCUGCUGAGUGGAGGCAUUGAGUCGGUGCUUGUCCAGUGGCAGUGUGGGGCAAGCGGCAAAAAAGAUUUCUUGCCCCGUCUCGGAGGAUCCAUUUUACAUGUAUCUGCAUCACCUGAUGGGCAGUUGUUUUGUGUCUCCCAUUCAGACAACAAGAUCACAGUUAUCGAGAGCAACUUCAAAGUGUCUGGAUUGAUUCAGGGUUUAGUCACAGGUGAUGCCGUUUUGACUGAUCUAAUGAUUGAUCCGCGCAGUAAAGCUUUAGUGCUGAAUGGGAAACCGGGACAUCUGCAGUUCUACUCCCUGUUACGUGACAAGCAUCUCUACAAUCUGGACAUAGUGCAGCAAGAAUAUAUUUAUGAAGCCGGUCUGGAUCAGUUUGAAGUGGUAAAGGCUGUCUUUGACGUAAAAGGUUCCUGGCUUGCUACAGUGGAGGAAAGGGGACGAGAAUCCUCAGAUCUUGAGUUUUUUCUCAAACUGUGGGCUUUCGAUGAGACAACGCAAAGCUUCGUUCUGAACACUAGUAUCUCUGCCGCCCACACGGAUCGGAUUAUAUCCAUGUGCUUCAGCUCUUCUGAGGAGACCACCAUGCUGGUGACCACAGCAGAAGACGGCCAGUUCAAAGCAUGGUGUCCGGGUGCUGACGCAGACACUCAACAGGACCAGAACUUCUGGUCAUGUGAUUUUGUGGGAAACUACCAUAACUUAAAGCCCACCAACUGCAGUUUCUCAGCCGAUAGCUCUCUACUGGCGGUGAGCUUCCAAGAAGUGGUCACCAUAUGGAGCCCGGACACCUGGGAGCUGCUCACCACCCUCUGCCAACCACCUGGACAAAUAAGGGAGCUUUGUUUCGGCCGAUUAAGCUGCUCCAAAUACCUGCUUGGCACCACCACCAAUAACCUUCUCUGCUGCUGGAAUCUCCUCACUUGUGCUUUGGAAUGGAGCACAUCUUUGGAAGUUUCCAAGCUGCAGCCGGACCCCAUGUCAGAAAAUGUGGCUGCCUUUUCAUACCAGUCUAAACAUACAGAUCUGUUUGUUUUCAAACCCAGCGAGCCGUUGCCUCUGUUCACCCAUGAGAAAGUGUGUUCAGAAAAGGUACAUCAUGCCAUUUUUGUUCCUCGAGAGGAGCCGUUGAAUGGAUGUGAUGAAAGUUGCCAGUGGCUCAACAGAUCUCAACUGUACUUCCUCACCCAAAACAUGGAUUUAUUGACCUUCAGCAUGGCAACAGAGGAGGACAGAAUGUUGUCAUCAAGUAAACGGCUUGUCAUUGAUGACAGCGUUGCUGUAACUCCGUUUUACCUGCUGUUGGGCAAACACAGACAGCAGCAGCAGCAGAAACUCCACACACCAUCCCAUCCAGUGGAUGACAAACCCCAACAGAAACAGGGCUCAGUUUCCAUCAAACAAUUGUUAAACACACCAGCUCAUGUUCUACCUGCUGCUUCAGUCCUGUGCUCAAUAUUUGUCAAUUCCCUCCUGAUCUCCAACACUGGAGUCCGAGAGGAAAUGGAGUCUUCAGAUCAGGAUAUGGAGAGUGAGAAAGAGGAAGAGGAAGAGGACUCCGAGGGGGAAAUGGAGACCCGUGAUGGUCAGCAGGAGCUCAGAGCCCAGGGUUCAGUGGAUGAGGUGACGCCGAAGCUGUCUAAAGCACAAGAGAGGGAACUGAAAAGGGUCAGAAAGACUGACUUUAGCUGGAUCACUGGCCUCAUUGUCUCCAAACCGUGACGAUGCAAAUUCACGAUCCUGUUAAUGUGUUAAACUUUCUUCAAACCCAGAAUGGUGGUUGGUUAGCAGUUGUUUUUAUCGGAUUGCCGCAACGCACUAGGGAUUUGAGAAUGAUUCUCUUUGGAACAAAAAGGACAAUACUAUUUUGUAAUUCUGAAUGUUAGUGUAAUGUUUAUCCCAGUUUCAUUAACAUUAAUUUAUAAAGGACUUUUUUGAACAAU